UGGGGACAGAUGUAAAUUCUCUUCCUUCCCCUUUAGCUCAAGAGCCACCAGGCUGGGGACAGGUGGCCCUGGCCGCGAGUGACAGCCGGGGACACCGGGAUGGCCGGGAGGGUGGCACUGCUCCUGUGGGCCCAGACCCUCGGCCUUGUUGGUGCUCAGACCACCCAGCUCCUCGUGAAGCCCCCCUGGAGGCCGGCGGUGCUGUGGGACCGGGUGACACUGACCUGCCAGGGCUUGGGGACUGCUGGUGACACCACCUGGUACAAGGAUGGGAAGCGCUGGUGGCAGAAGAGACAGGAGAGCUUCACUGUCACCGAGAGAGGCACCUAUGAGUGUGACAGACCCGGCACUGGGCCCAGCCCCCCUGUGACAGUCUCAGCCGACCCGCUGGUGCUGCAGGUGCCGGGAUGGGUGCUGCUGGAAGGGGACACGGUGACACUGCGCUGCCGGGGCUGGUGGAACGUCACGGUCACCUUGGUGUCCUUCUACCACGAGGGGACAGAACUGGGGAGGCUCCGCGAUGGCGCAGAGCUGUCCCUGUCCCCUCUGCAGCUGAAACACAGCGGCCGCUACCGCUGCGAGGGCCGGGUGGGAUACCGGGAGUGGGAGGAGUCAGCGCCGGUGACAGUGACAGUGCACGAGCUCUUCUCGGUGCCAGUGCUGGUGCUGGAGGGUCCCCCCGAGAUCACCGUGGGGUCCCCCCUGACUCUCAGCUGCCGCAGCACCCCCAGCCCCCUGCGGCCCCGAGCCCCCCUCCUGUACCUGUUCUACCGGGACGGGUGGGUGCUGGGGGUCCUGCAGGGGUCCCCGCAGCUGCUGCUGCCCGCCGUGGGGGUCUCCCACUCGGGGAAUUACAGCUGUGAGGCGCAGUCCCAGAGUGGGACCGUGCGGAAGAGCAGCGCCCGGCUCAGCGUCACGGUGCGCAGGAUCCCACCCUCGGGGGUGUCCCUGUCAGCGCAGCCCCCCGGGGGACAGGUGGCACUUGGGGACAGCCUGGUGCUGAGCUGUGCGGUGGCCGCGGGGACAGGUCCCCUGUCCUUCUCCUGGCACCGGGAGGGCUCGGGGGCACCGCUGGGCACCGGCACCCGCCUGGAGCUGGGACACGUUGGGGACAAUGACAGCGGCCAGUACCGGUGCCGGGUCAGCGAUGGGGACAGCGUGGCCGAGAGUGACACCAUGAAUGUCACCGUCCUGGUGCCCGUGGCCAAUGCCACCAUCACCCCCGGUCCCCUGGCACACCAGGUGCACACAGGUGACAACGUGACCCUGCGCUGCUCAGUGCAGGUGGGCUCAGCCCCUGUCACCUUCACCUGGCUGCACAACGGGCAGGAGGUGGCCCGGGGUCCCCUCCUGGAGCUCAGGGACAUCGCUGUGGGACAUUCGGGCACCUACCAGUGCGUGGCCACCAACCAGCUGGGACAGGACGGGCACCGCGUGUUCCGGGCAUUCAGCCCUGAGCUGGCACUGGAGGUGACAACGUGGGGACACAGGGACACAGCAGUGGCCGCAGGGGUUGGCAGCUCCCUCCUGGCCUUGGUCCUGCUCGGGGCGGCCAUCGUGGGCUGGCAGCGGUGCCACCGCCGCGGUGGGUGA